AUGGAAAAUAAUUGCGAUGAAACUUUGUGGGAGAGAAUUUGUGCGAUGUCUGAAAUUAUUCCAACGUUUUUAAGAAAUCCAAUGAGAUGCCUUGGGAAAUUUUUAUGGUCAAGUUAUCAAUUUACUUGUGAAGCAUCCUACCUUCUGUUUGUGAUGUCAGUCAUUACUUUGGGUCCAGUUGUAUACGAAACAGAACAAGAACGUCAAUUAGAAAAAUCCUUUCAAGAAUCCCAAACGAAAAUUGACAAAUAA